CCCCAGCUUGUGUGUGGGCUCGGCUCGCCGCGGGCUCCCGGCUCGGCCGCUCUCGCUCCCUCGCUCGUUCCUGCGCCCGGGGCUUUUGUGGCGGAGCCGUCCCCGACUUUGUGUCCCGACUUCCGCGCGGCCCCGCGGCGCUGCUCCCGGCACCGGAUCCCUCCUCCCCCGCCCCGGACAGCAGCAGCGAGCGAGAACGAGGAGAGCGAGCGCGCCGGCGUGAGCGACGACUGAGGGGCAGCGGAGAGGGGGGGGACCGAGCCGCCGUAGCCGAAGAUGCCGGAGUUCCUGGAGGACCCCUCGGUCCUGACCAAAGACAAGUUGAAGAGCGAGUUGGUGGCCAACAACGUGACGCUCCCGGCCGGCGAGCAGCGCAAGGACGUGUACGUGCAGCUCUACCUGCAGCACCUCACGGCGCGCAACCGGCCGCCGCUCGGCGCGGGCGCCAACAGCAAGGGGCCCCCCGACUUCUCCAGCGACGAGGAGCGCGAGCCCACCCCGGUGCUCGGCUCCGGGACGGUCGCGGGUCGCGGCCGCGCCGCCGUCGGCAGGAAAGCCACAAAAAAAACUGAUAAGCCCAGACUUGAAGAUAAAGAUGACCUAGAUGUGACCGAGCUCUCUAAUGAAGACCUUCUGGAUCAACUUGUGAGAUAUGGGGUAAAUCCUGGUCCCAUUGUGGGGACAACCAGGAAGCUGUAUGAGAAAAAGCUGUUGAAACUGAGGGAGCAGGGGGCAGAAUCGCGAUCUUCUACUCCUCUACCAACAGUCUCUUCUUCAGCAGAAAAUACAAGACAGAACGGAAGUAACGACUCUGACAGAUACAGCGACAAUGAGGAAGACUCUAAAAUAGAGCUCAAGCUUGAGAAGAGAGAGCCACUAAAGGGCAGAGCAAAGACUCCAGUAACACUCAAGCAAAGAAGAACUGAGCACAAUCAGAGCUACUCUGAAGCCGGAGUGCCUGAGACUGAGUGGACCAGUGGAUCUUCCAGAGGCGGACCUCUGCAGGCACUAACUAGGGAGUCUUCGAGAGGGCCCAGAAGAACGCCAAGAAAAAGGGUGGAAACUUCACAGCCUUUUCGUAUAGAUGGUGCAGUAAUUUCAGAGAGUACUCCCAUAGCUGAGACUAUAAAGGCUUCAAGCAACGAGUCCUUAGUGGUCAAUAGGUUGACUGGAAAUUUCAAGCCUACAUCUUCUAUUCUGCCAAUCCCUGAGUUCUCAGACAUACCCAGAAGAACACCAAAGAAACCAUUGACAAGAGCUGAAGUGGUCGAAAAAACAGAGGAAAGAAGAGUAGAAAGGGAUAUUCUUAAGGAAAUGUUCCCCUAUGAAGCAUCUACUCCAACAGGCAUUAGUGCUAGCUGCCGCAGACCAAUCAAAGGGGCUGCAGGCCGGCCGCUGGAGCUCAGUGACUUCCGGAUGGAAGAAUCAUUCACAUCCAAAUAUGUCCCCAAGUAUGUUCCCUUGGCAGACGUCAAGUCGGAAAAGACGAAGAAGGGACGCUCCGUUCCCAUGUGGAUAAAAGUGUUGCUGUUUGUCGUGGUGGCAGUUUUUCUGUUUUUGGUCUAUCAAGCUAUGGAAACCAACCAGGGAAAUCCCUUCUCUCGUUUUCUUCAAGAGUCUAAAACGUCCAACUGAAGAAGUCACUUCGGCACAUUCAACUUGGUCUCCUGUUUUUCAUAACUGUAGAGAAACAUUUGUGUCCACUGUUGACUGAAGAACUGAACUUGUGAUUUCACCUCAGUGCUGCAUUGCAAAGCAAACACGGCAUCCGCAUCCAUGGACCUCAUUUCAAUGCUGUGGACUCCGGAGAUCACACUGUGCCAUAUGAAGAGGUUUUUUUAGCUUCGGAACUUUUUUGUAGGCUUUAUUUUUUUAAUGUGGACAUCUUAUUUCACUUUUGGGGGAAAUGCAUUGUUUUGUGUAUUUGGAAAUAAGGCAAAACGUGGUGUAAUGUGAAGCUACACAUUAAAUACUUGGAAUUCCUACAGAAAAGAUUUAUGACUUAUUCUCUACUGAGUGAAAAUCUUGCAACUGUGAAUGGAGUUCAGUCAGAGAGGGCCACGCAGUUGUCUUCCUGUAGCGCAGUGGUUUCUUCAUGGAAGGUGCAGCAAUAAGCUCUCCUGUGACUUCUGUGAGUGGUGGCAUUGCUGUACAGUCCUGUCAUACUGCCUGAAAUACUUUACAUAUCAUGAAAAUCCUGCUUCAUUAAAACCACUUAAGUACACUUUGUUUUCCAACAGGGAUCUUUUAGGGCAGCUUAGAUGCCAGUUUUAGGCUCCUGUGAGCUGGCUGUGCCUGUGGGAAGAGCUGGUAGCUCGCAGGAAUCCUGUCAGUGCAGCUUAUCAUCAAAUAAGUGUGCAAGGUUGUUUACUUAGAAGUCAGAAACGAAACACUGGUCCUCUGUUUCAUUUGGAUUCAUUGUUUCAACAUCUAUUACCAAAAAAUCUUUUUUUGCAAGGGGGUUUUUGGUUUUUUUUUUUUUGGGGGGUUGAAGAAGGGUGUUUAUGGGGCUUUUGUUUGCCUUAACCAUAUAAUUCCUGUUGUAAUUUGAUUUAAAAGUAUAACAUUUGCUUUUAAAUCAUAUAUGCAGUAGCAAAUGCUUAAUCUGUAAUUCAAAUAAGGUGGGCAUUAUGAUUUUAUGUACUCUUGAAAUGAUUAACAGUAUCCUUAUGGCUGUCUUAUUUUUUAGCUGAAAUUUACCUCAUGUAUGGCGUAGAUAACGUUGCAUUAAGUUUAAAUUUUAGUAGAAUCAAGGAAAGCAUAAAAAUUCUAAACUUAGUCAUUUAAGUUGCAGUUUUACAGGCACUGACCAUAAAGCACACUAAAAAUGUAAAUUAUUUUUAAUAACAUCCAAAAUGUAAAGAUAAUUUUAAUUUUUAAAAAGGAGGAAGCUGAAGAUGAAUAUUUAGACCAACACACAAUCCUGAAUUAACUAUUUCUGUGUUUAGCUUUUAGAUGUUUUGUAGACUUUUUAAGUAAACUUUUGCCAUAGCGACUAUAGGUCUGGUCUUUCAGGGCAUGUGGGAAACUGACUGAGGUCUGAAGUGCUUGCCUCUCUGAAUAACGGUGUCUUUUGAGAUGAGCCACGGGGGGCCAUGUUUUACUCAACUUUUCCACUCUAAGGGAAUAGCCAUCUUUCUUCCUUUGUUUUCGGACAUUGCUUCUCAGAUUGCUUUCAAUCUUUUGUUGAUAAUUAAAAAUUGUGAGAAACCCCAUUUAAAUUGUUUUAAGAUGUGGGGAAAUAAAUCAGAUUUGACAUACAUAAGGUCAGUCUGGAAUAGGAAAACUAUGGUCCAAUAUAUCAAAAGUAGGACCAGGUAAAACAUGCCAUUUUUUUUUUUAAAUGUGUACUUGGUCUUCUGUCUGUGUCUGUUUUAUUCCAUAGAGUAAAUGUGUCCUUGAUGUAAAUGCAAAGCAUUUAUUAAUUCCUAGAUGUAGACUUUGCAAUAUAAUUCAGUAAUAAAGUAAUUAACCUCUA